UUCCAAAGCUCGUUGGAGAGGCUGAUAGGAUGCUCAAAACCUGGAAGACUUGUUGAGGAUUUUGUCAAUUUACGGUAUCCGUACUCGGUACCUUCCAGCAAUAUGCCAUAAUGUACGCCACCCUUGUGCAGAUUAAUCUUGUCAGCAAAAGCCCUGCAAUUUGACAUUAUAGAGCAGCAUAUCAUGAUGCUUGCAAAUCACGUUUUCAAUCAAUAUCAAGCAACAAGUCAGUGGUCAAGUUCAUGCGGUUUAGCACGACAUCAACGUGGCUCGGAAGGCUGGAGAGGAUGCGCUGAUCUCACCAGUAUUCCCCAAUUCUCGAGUCUCUAGCGGCUUGAUUCACCGUCAACGUCACAGUGAUCACAUUAAACCGCCCACUUGCUGUUGUGGCUGUGAGACAAUCAGGUUCGCUUCACCGGAAACAACUGAACUUGUUCGGCGCUUGCAAGGCUAUUUUCUGUUCAAUGAUUUUCGAUUUGUUGCUGAACCAAUAUUGAGUGAUAUUCAUGAUUUCAUCUUAAGGACAUUUACCUCCGUAAGUACUCGUUGAAAGAGCAAAUAAUGGUGUAUCGUCAGGUUAGUUCCGCCAGUUUUCAAGUUCGUCAUCCAGCUUUCCUAUACAGUCCUGGCACUCUGGCCUUGGCACACACAGAUUCAUAUCGGCACAAACUGAUGUCCCGAUGCCAUCUGGGCCUCGAUGACUUUCCUGAACCCUUCGACACAGUCCCAUGUCAAAACGUUUCCCCAAAAAGUGCCUUGUUAUACCCGGUGUAAACGCCUCAGCCCCGUCGAUUUGGUGAGAAUCCCAUGCAAUUGAACCGAUUGGGCACUGCAUCUUCCUUUCAGCUGGUAAGUGGUCAGACAACAAGCAUAUCACGUUCUGCUGGUGUAAUUACUGCAGGCGUCCCUUCUGAAAGCUGCGUGUGGUCUUUGCUACUUCGACAAGAACGUGAUGGGGUGAAUUACGAUUGUUAUUUCUGGCUACCCUACUCGGUCCCGUUUCAUACAGAUCUCGGUGUUUGUGUAUGGCCGAGCAUGCUAAACCUGGGUAUUGUUAUCUCAACCAGCGCAGUAGUCAACAGCCGCCUCGACCGAUAUCCAGCGUGCGUGAACAGUGGCCUUCAAGUGAGGUUUCCCCGGCUGUGUAAUGCUUUUCCUGGUUUAGAGGUUACUAGGUGAUAUGGACUAAUAAUUGCUACUUGUCUGCAAUCCCUACAUGUCCAGUUGCACCGAGUCUAAGGCGUGUCUGGCAUGCGUGUUACCAGAAUUUUUGCUCUCCACGAAUGAACCCUUCUGGCUUCAUCAAUCCUGCAGAUCAGUCAGAUGUGGUCUGCUUGAAAGGUGGUUUAGUCGUGAUGCAAGUCAGGCCCCAAGACUUCAUUCCAUCCAACACGAAUCUGAGUCAUUGCGUGCCAUCGCUAGGAUGAACCAAUGGUAACAAUGGACAUUCCAGAUAUAUUCUUUUCGUCGUUGGGUCAUCCUGUCACGAGUUCCAGGCUUUCAUUGUCAUGUUCAUUCGCAGGGCCGUUGUCCUAGGCUCCUGGCUGUUGCAAGUUGUCUCAGGUGAGGUUUUUUAUCUUUCCCAUGACGAGCACCAUCGGGCAUCUUGAUACCUAGAUCGCAACCGCAUUCUUAUGCUGACUCGUGGUUUAAUUAGAUGUCUGGCUGAGAUAUUGUGUUGCUAUUUGGCUCAGGUGAUUCGACGAUUGUGUUCUGCCUCUUGAUGCUAGUGAUGUUGCAACACUGCCGGCACAUGAUUUGCAUUUCGGUAGUUUUGAGUUUUCCAAGACACAUCUGAACAGAGACGCAUAUGGAGUAGGUAUGAGACUGCUACAGACACAGGACUGCGGAAAUUCAAUAGGAGUUAGAUGACCAGUGUCGACCCCAAUACGAUGACAUCGAGGUUUAGGGUAGGCAGUGCCAAAUAAGAGAAACAGAAUUGAAAUGAUGCUUUGAAUCAUUCGUGCAUGGUUAGAAGUCGUUUUAAGUAUAUCCAGGGCAGUACACGAAAUUACGUGGUGGGUGAC